AUGCAAAAUCCUAACAGAUCACAUACAGCUAUGCAGACUAUGAUUCCUGUAGAUGCCAGUGUACAAGCGGAAUUUUUAGCUUCAGAAGUAACUCAAACAGAACCCGAAACUGCAUUGGAAAUAUCGAAUCCACCGAAUUCAGUAGAUGCCUCAGUGGAGUCUGUUGAUCAAUCCGGAAAUCGGGAACAACACACUGACUCUUCUGAAUUUACAGUGUCCAGUGUGUCGAAUGCCAGUCUAUGA